AUGUGUUGUACAUUGUACAUCGGUAAAUAGUUUAGUUUUGAUUACUGUAUUGUUAUUAUUAUUAUUAUUAUCAUUACUACACCGCUUAAAAAAGGCGAAUAAGCAGAAACAAUCAUGUCUGAAAGACACCAACAAGUAUGACCUGUUCAUCUAAUAUAUUACGAGUAUCUUUUUAUGAACCACUUUUCGUAAUAUCCUCAAAAGACUGAGAACUAAUUUUCAGAUUACGAAGAUUCCAGUUUAUGCCUUUUACAGAGAUAUCCUCUUCAUCUUAGUUACCUUCAAAACGUGGAAAUUUUAAUGUGAAUUACAUAACUACGAUAAAAACUUGGACAAAAUAUAUACUUAUGUAAUGCUGAUUACAAGUCAUUCCUUUUUACAGUAUGAUAAUUCAUUAUUUAAUUAAAACGCUCCUUUCUUGGAAAUAAUUUUAACUGAAAUUCAAUCAUUUCAAAAUAAGGAAACCUCACGUAAAUUGAUCCAGAGAAAAUCAUGACCGAACAGAUUACAUUUCAUCGUACCUCGACAAUAAGACAUCGUGCCAGUAGAAAUGGCUCAUUGAUUCAACAUGAUAAUACAACAGGUGGUACUGUUACCACUGGAAGUAUGAUUGUUCAAGGAGGUGGAGGCGGUGGUGGCAGUGGUGGUGUUGCUGCUACUGCCGGUGGUGUUGGUGGUCUUCAACCGCAGUCAAGUGUAAGACGACCAUCAAUUAUGCAAAAGUAUAUGGGUGAAAUUGAGUUCACAGGAUUAAAUCAGACAGCCAGAUUCUGUAAACUCAACAGUGAUACACAUGAUUCAGUAUUACGUGAUAUAUUGAAACGCAAAUGGGGACUCAAACCACCUACACUCAUUAUAACUGUUUUUGGUACAGAUUUUGAAAAGAAGCGGAAAUUAAAGAUGAUAUUUAAGAAAGGUCUAUGGAAGGCUGCUGAAAGUGGUUGCUGGAUUGUAACGGGUGGUUUUCACUUGGGUGUUAUGAAGUUGACUGGUGAAGCUGUUCGUGAUUACACAGAUGCUUAUGGUGGCAAUCGAAUGAUGGCAUUUGGUGUGGCCAGUUGGGAUUGUGUAACAAAGAAUGAAAUACUUGAAGCAGCUUUACAUGAGGGUACAGCAGUUUAUCAAUCAGAAGAAGAUGAUGGGGAAGAUGCUGAAGAUAGCGAACCAAUUUUGGUGGAUCCAUCGUCACAAGGCGGUUUCAAACCAGUACGUAGUGAUGUUGAAGAGCGUGCACUGGACCCGAAUCAUAAUUUUUUCGUGCUAGUUGACGAUGGGACAACUGAUCAGUUGAAAGGCAAAGACGCUGAAUUCCGUGCACGAUUUGAACGUUGCAUCUCUUUAUGGAGUUGUGCAAGCAGUCCUCAAGAACAGAGUUCUGCUACUGCAAAUCAGCAGAGUGGAGCAGCAGGUUCUGCAACAUAUUUACAACAACCUCAGAGUGGUCUUCCCACCACACCCAAUAACAGCAAUAAUGCAACCACUGGGACAUUACAAAGACAAGGUAGUACAAUGGGCGGACAGACUAGUACAACAUCUGGACCGCAAACGAGUGCAACGUCGAUUGGUAAAGCUUCAGGUACUACAGGCGGCUCUUCAAGUAAUUCUGCUUUAGGCAAAGGCACAGGAGAAGCAACAAUUAGUAACCAGCCUGUCUCAACAGGGUCUGGAACACGAGGGACGAAAGAGAAACAAGUUGUAGAUUCAAGUAUUAGGCCAGCAAAAGGUGGAAAAUCUGUUGGAAAUGAGGAAGAAAUUUUGGUACCAAUGUGUGGCUUAGUUGUCGGUGGAGAUCGAUUCACACUACGUCAAGUCUAUUGUUCAAUGAUUCAAAAUCGUUGUCCAAUUGUUGUUACAAAGGGUACAUCUGGAGCUGCAGAUGUGAUAGCAUUUGGACUGGAUGCAGCUAACAAAAUGGCAGCUGAAGAAGUUGUUGAUGAUAAGGACCAAGUACCACUGGAGGCCAGAAUCGAGUCAAUCAUCGAAGAAUUCCUGAGUGAUCUACAUCCGGAUUACACAAAUUAUACAGAUGAAGUGAAUAUGUUGAUUGAAAUUAUCAAUGACUAUACCAAUUUAGUAUCAGUAUUUGAUAUGGAAGAAGAUUCUGAUCUGGAUGGAUAUGUGAUCUCUUCACUGCUUGCAAGUGCUGGUUCAACGGUUGCAUCGGAUCAGAUUAAUUUGGAACAGUUGGAAAUCACGCUAACUCUGAAUCGUGCAGAUAUUGCACGUGAAAAAAUAUUUCUAGAAAAUAAAAAAUGGAAAAAAGGUCAAUUAAACGACUAUAUGUACCAAGCACUGAUGAGUGAUAGACACGAUUUUGUCAAGUUAUUCUUAGAACAAGGUUUUAGCCUAGAGGAAUUUCUUACAGUUUAUAUGCUUGAAAAACUCUACACGGAUCAACUAAAAAAUCUGAAUUCGAAGGUGGCUAUUUUUAAUAAAAUGUGGGAGUACAAUAGAUCACAUCGAAAACUAGGCAGAACUGUAUCUAAAGAAAACAAGACAUCUAAAGUAGCUUUACGAGAUGUUGGAAAGGUGAUCAAAGCAUUGGUCGGUGACUUUUACCAUCCAUUGUAUCUGAGUAAAGAAUUUCAAACGAAACUAAUGCCUGAGAAAAGACUAGAGGGAGCAGAUAUUCGUGAACGUUUACUCGGUUCACAUAAGCAUAGAAAUAGUCGAAAUUCGAGUAUAUGCUCCUCAUCAGUGUCAUCGAAUAAUCUGGGCGCCAUAUGCCCACGUACUCUUGGCCUAAAAGAAGGUGUACGAUUUAUUGAUCAUAGUGAAGACUUCGACAUGAUGAGUACGAAUACUUUUAACUCUGCCAUUGAAACAGGAUUUCGAAAUCCAGCCUUCUUAGAGUGGGACAAAAGUAGAACACGUGCGAUAAUUCGUCGAGGAGCUACUAGUGUUGAACCACCCGAAGAAAAUAAUAACGAUCUUCUUGAAGAUGAUGAAAAUGUGAUGAGUGGAAAUAAUACAGAUGAAUUUACUACAAAUUAUCGCCUUCCACGUAGUUCAACAGUGAUGACAACGAUAAGCGGUGAACCGUUGUUGACAUCGGGGGGUAUACAUCAAUUUGAUAGGUCAACUGAACACUUAAGAGGCAGUACUCAUCAUCAAAAUGAACAGACAAGAUCAAUACGAUCACAUUCACACAAUCGGUCUACAUCACCUUAUGAUCAAAAUGAAUCAAGAUAUCUAUAUGAUGCUGACAUUCAGCCUAGAAGAAGUACAUACCUUUCAGCGACUAGAACUAACAAUUCCAACAGGAAUGGGUAUAAAGAUCCACACAAUCGACACAGUCGCCGUUCUUCAACUCAGACCAAUGAAUAUGAUAUGUUAAUUCCAGGCCAACCACUAAUAUACAACGCUACAGUAAUGGCGGUUAAUCGAUCAGGUCAUGGUUCACGUGGACCGUAUACAAGUCUCGGUCCUGGUCAUUUUCGUAUUGCUGGAAGAGCACCAUUGGCCUAUGAUUCUACCUCUGUAGGGACUACAAGUCCUGUUCAAACACCUAAACGAACAAUGAAUGAUGCCUUACAAUUUUCAUUUGAGAAUGAUCGCGUCCAACGUAACUCUUUGCUUGUUUCAUCAUCUCAAAAUGAGAAAACAUUGAAACCUGUACUUUUUGAGGAUGAAGUGAUAAACAAAUCCUCUAGAUCAUGUUUUGCAUCUUGUCUUCAAUGGAUUUCAUCAUUCUGUGGACGAUUAUUUGGACGUAACAAUGAUUCUGCAAAAUUGAAGAAAACUAGUAAUCUUAACCAAGAACAAGGAGGCAUUAAAGGACCGAAAGAGUUCGCCACUUUACGUGCAAUGGCUGCUUUGGCUGCAGCCACGGCAGCGACUGCUGUCGCUGAUCCAACAAAAGGCGCCCAUGGAGUUAGAAUGGUACAUUUAGACCAUGCGGAUACUGCCACCGAAGACUAUGAAGAACAAACAAAAUCAAUUCAACUGGAUCGUCCUGCUAGAGAACUUCUGAUUUGGUCAAUUUUAGUGGGGAAAUUACGUAUGGCUGAAUUGUUCUGGACUAUGGAAAAAGAACCCAUAGCUGCAGCACUUUUGGCCUCAAUUCUUUUAACAUCUUUGGGGAAUAAAACAGACGACUUCACAGAUAAAGAGGAUUACAGAAGCUUUGCAAAGAAUUUUCAAGAACGUGCAGAAGGUGUACUGAAUGAAUGUUAUCGUGAGGAUGAGCAUCGUACACAGCUAAUUAUUAAUCAUGAAUUAAUUUACUAUGGUCGUAGUUCAGUAAUCAAGUUGGCUGCUGAGGGACAGAGUAUCAAAUUCAUGGCACAUCCAUGUUGUCAAGAUUUUCUUACUAAUACAUGGAGUGGUAAUUUAUCGACAAAGAAUAGUGUAUUUCGGUAUUUUAUGGGGAUUGUUUGUGGCUUAACACUGCCGUUUUUAAUUCCCAAAGUUAUCUUGUCUAAACCAAAAUCUGGUACAACAGUUGAAGGAGAGGAAUCAGGAGCUGCUGCUGAACAGCAUGGAUCUGCGCAAGUUCAUGCGUCUACGUAUGUGACUGUUGAAGAUGCUGGUAAAAAGGGUGUUCGGAAAACCCUACAAGUCAGGACAUUAGAAUAUAUUUCUCAAAUUCGUGAUUUUUAUAUGGCUCCAGUUAUUCGCUUUGUGUACAAUACACUAUCCUACAUGACAUUUCUCAUCCUGUUCAGCUAUCUUCUACUAGUUGACUUUCGAAUAAACAUUACGGUUGUUGAAUAUAUUGUGAUUGCAUGGGUGAUCACAUUGUUUAUAGAAGAAAUUAAACAGAUUGCUUGGGCUGUAUUGUCCGGUAUCAGUUUCAGGACUUAUAUUUCUGAUGGAUGGAAUAAAUUAGAUUGUGCUGGUUUGGCAUUGUAUAUUGUCGGCUUUAUAUUACGUUUAGUUGUGUUACUACGGUUGGGUGGAGGAGAGAAUAUUGAUUUUCAACAUGAACGCUAUUACAUUGUAACAGAUCCUAUACUCGAUCCUUCUCGUAUCUGUCUUGCAAUUAGUCUGUUCACAUUCUAUAUACGCUUAAUGUAUACAUUUAGCUUUCACAUUGCAUUAGGACCCAAGUUGAUCAUGAUUGGAAAAAUGGUAACCAAUGACUUGAUCCCAUUUAUGAUUAUUUUAACUGUGAUUAUGGUUGGUUAUGCGGUAGCGGCUCAGUCAAUUGCAUAUCCUAACGGUUUAUUCACCAAAGAGAAUAUGACUUUGAACUCCGAGAUCAAACAUAUGACAUUUGCAGAUAUUAUCUUCUCAAUGUAUACAACUGCUUAUUUUCAAAUGUUUGGUGAUUUCAGUUUAGAUGCUUUACAAGGAGAAGACCGUACAUGUCAGAAUCAUAUGUGUCCAACAAAGACAUCCCGUUGGCUUGUGCCUAUUAUGCUAGGAUUCUAUGUAUUGCUAACUAAUAUACUGAUGUUCAACUUACUUAUUGCCAUGUUUUCUAAGACUUAUGAAGAAAUUGAAAGCGCAUCAACAUACUACUGGAAUUAUCAAAGAUAUCAGAUGAUCAAUGAUUAUGUACACCGAUCACCACUUGCUCCACCAAUAAUUAUUGUAUGGCAUUUCUAUGAAGCUUAUAAAGCAAUUGGAAAUCAGUGUGCAAGUUUAAGAAAUGCUGAGACGACAAAGUAUAAUCCAUUUUGUGUACGCUUUACUGAUAUAAAAAAAGAAAGAGAAAUGGUCAAAUGGGAACACAUGAAGGCUAUGGACUACUUAAGAGAACCUUCAACAAAGGCUACAGGAAAAAGAGGUGUUGCAGAGUCUCGAGCUGUUGUAUUUCGUGGUGGUGGUGGUGUUGGUCCUGGUCAAGGGCCAGUUAUGGAUUUAAAAAGUGAAAUGUCAAGUGUUACAGAGGGUAUUGGUAUGGAGUUAGAAAAACGUUUCAAAGAGAUAGAUAAUCAGUUUCAACGAUUCAAUGAUGUUGAUUCACGUUUGAAUGAUGUAACGCAAUUACUGACAAAUUUAUCUGAGGUAAUCAGUAAUAUGACAGAAACUCAACAACGAAUUAUUCGACAAAUAAGUGAACUGCCUACAUGUCAGUGUAAUGAAUUCACUGAUGAAGUGGUUCCUGUGAAAAAAUCUUCAACAUCCACAACAGAUCCAACACCAGUGGAGACUAGGAAACGGACAAAAUUAGAAGUGGCAAUUCAGUCUGCUUUGGAAGCAGCUAAAGAUGUUCUUCGACCACCUACACCACCUCCUCCGCCUCCACCUCCACCACCUCCACCUAGAGAAUCCCCGGUACUUUUAGCUGCUGUAGUCCCCGGAUCAGAGGAUGAUUCAAGUGGUUCAGAAGAAGGUGGAGAUCCUUCUGCUGAUCCGACACUGGUGCCUCAAGUACCAGAUAUGAAGACUGGUCGCGUGAUAGAAAGAAAUUUAGGUGAUCAUCGUCUAUGGAGAAUGGCUCCGUUUAACUUUGAAAAAUAUCCUGGAAUGCGAAUGAAUGUACCACCGGAAAGAAUGGCGUGGACAGUUGAAUAUCCAGACUACUUUGCCUACGAUGCAUGUGAAGAAGUGUUAUUAUUCCCAUCAGAAGAAGCACAUGACGGAGAAAAUUUUACGCAUGGAAACGUCCUAUUUACUUUUCAACACAGUGAAAAUCUACGUAGUAUAAAUUUCAAUCAGUAUGAUUCUAAAGCUAAAUUACGCCGACAAAGUCUACUUGGUCGAUAUCGUUUAGAUUCAACAACUGGAGCACCAUUGAAUCCAAUGGGUAGGACAGGUUUGUUGGGUAAAGGUCUAUUACCACGUUGGGGUCCAAAUCAUUCACUUGUAUUAUGUAUUACACGAUGGACAAGAGAUACACGAACUGGUGCACAAGUGAUUCGAAGUAAUCGUGGUGUUCUACAGUAUUUGGCAUUGGAACGAAACAAGAGGCUAUGUAUGCCAUGGUAUUUAACCGAUCAUACAAGCAGAUGUGAUUUUGAUGAAUGCAUACCGAAGUUAAUUAGCAGUUUAAUCACUAGACGUGCACGUGCUAUGCUUCCAGAAAGACGAGUAGACAGAUUGUUGAAACGAAUUGAAAAAGCUGAGGUUACACAGAUUUUCAAAGGUUACCUUGAUGAUCAAUUGAAUGCUGACAGUGCAUGGAUGGAGACUGUUGUCAUCAAUUUGCAUGAGUCUGAAAGUAAAGGAGCUCAAAUUCCAGACGAUAUACUUAAGUUACUCAACGAACCUGGAACUGAGGAACAAGCCAAAUGGAUUGAAGUAUCUCAUAGUAGUAAUCUACGCACAAGUCAUAAUUAUAUUCUUAAGAAUGUUGCUGAGCUCCGAAGAGCUUUUUACUAACUAUAGAUUUUAUCAAUUAACUCAAAGGAACUAGAUACAAUCAAAUGAUAAUUAAUUAUUUAAAAAAAUUUAUAAAAAAAAACAGAAGAUAAUGAAGAUUUAUUAUUUUACAAAAUGUAUUCAAUUAAUUUUCCAGAAAGACUACUAAUCCAAGAAGGGGACACCAUUGAAACGAAAAUACAUCAGCUUAAAACAUAAAGGAACAUUGACUAAAUUUUCCUGGACUUUAUGUAUUUAACAGGAGUGUUGUUCAACUGACCAAUCAAUUCACUGACAAUUUUUUUCCAGUCUUGUAUCUUAAUUGAUCUUCUUCACCUUCUUUUUAUAUGAAAGUGAUGAGUUGAUAGAUAUGUUAUUUGAGUCCUCUGCAUAAUUACUGGAAAAUAAAAGAAGGUAAUACUCAAUCA